AUGCGAGAACCUAUUUCAGUAGUAAAACGUGUUGCAGUUGCAUUACAUUAUCUAGCUUCAUGUGAAGAGUAUCGUGUUGUGUCUAGCCUUUUUGGCAUAGAAAAGUCAACAGCAAAUUUAAUUGUUCAUGAAUUUAUUAAUACUGUUAAUGACAUUUUGCUCCCUAAAUAUGUUAAAUUUCCAUUGUCAGUGGAAAAUAUAAAUAAACAUAGUAGAGACUUCGAAGCUAUUCUUGGUUUUCCACAAUGCGUUGGAGCUGUUGAUGGAUGCCACAUCCUUAUUUCAGCCCCUAAUGAUCAAGCAAUUUCUUAUUAUAAUUAUAAAGGGUGGUAUUCCAUUGUACUUUUUGCCGUUGUAGACUGUCGAUACCGUUUCAUUUAUACAAGUGUUAGAUCGCCUGGUAGAAAUAAUGACAGCUAUAUUUUGCAGAAUUCUUCUUUGAAAGCAAUUUUAGAAUCAAAUCUAUUUGAUAAAUAUUGUAAAGAGCUGGGCGAUUCUCUUGUUCCGCUAUGUUUGAUAGGUGAUUUAGCAUUUCCUAUAACGCGUCAUUUGGAUGUUGAACUUUCCUUAGUUAUUCGCGUUGGUUUAUUGAUUAGUGGAAUAUAG